AUGCAUCAAUAACCUAGAUUAUCUCCAGUUUCAUCCAGCCCAUUACAUCAAAAUUCAAUCAUCUAAUGUAAAGGAUUUAAUAAAUUUAGAACAAUUAAAUAAAUAAUAAUGCUUCUUACAGACAACAUACAAUUCCAAAAAUACAUAACCAAAAACUAAAAUUUGUAAAAUUUACAUUUAUUAAAUUAGUUUAAGACUCUUAAUGGUAAUCAAAAGAAAGGGAAAAUUAAAAUAAAUAAUAAUUAAUUUCUAAAGGAUUGAAAUCAUUACAACAAAAUGAUGGAUCUAAUAAAUCAAUUAAUAUUUAGUUUUCAUAAAAUAAUUCAAACAAUUAUGAGAAUUUAAAUAUACCACAAUGUAUUUAACAAUUUGAUUAUGCAAUCAAAAAUCAAAAAGAGGAAUUUUUAAAAUUAAUUGAAUAAUAAAAUAAAUAAAUCGAAAUUUUGCACCAAUAAUAAUAAAUUAUAUUGCAACAAGAAAGAAAAAAAGAAGAAGAUUAUGAAACAUAAUUAUUUUUAAUAAAAAAUUAAUUAAAAUAGUAAAUAACUAAUAAAUGUAAUGAGAUUUUCAAUAAAAUUUAAAAAUAAUAAGAGUCUGAUUUUAAAAUAAUUGAAAUUGAAAUUGCAAAACUUAGUUAAUAAAUAGAGUAAAAGAAUUUUCAAAGCUUAUCAAAUAUCAAAAAAUUAAAUUUAUCUUCAAAUGAAAAAGAAAAUUAGUAGCAAACUGUAUAUCCAUAAGAAAAUAAUUUAUUAAACUCUGAUUUAUACAUCAAGAAAUUCAAUUUUGAAUAAAUCAAUUAAAAAAUGAAUUAAAAUUUUGAAAUUUGUAAAUUGCCUGAAUAGGUAAGUGUUUUAUUAAAUUCUCAUAAUGAAUAAAAUAGUGAAAUAUAAGAGAUAGAAUUAUUUUAAUCAGAAAUUCCUUUGUUAGAUCCAUCAAAUCAAUUAAAAUAAGAUUAAAAUAAGUAAAUUAUGUCAUCAUCUUAAUUAUAAACAACACUAACAAAAAUAAAUUAAAAUCAGGAAUCCAAAAAAUAAGAUUCUCCAUUUAAAAAUUUGAAUGAAUUAGAUAUGUUAGAUAGUUUGGAUGAUAUAAUAGUCUAAGAUACAGAAUAAAAGCAACAAAAUAAAAAUGAAUUCAAUCAUUUGAAAUGUAAUUAUUUUCUGAAUAUUAAGCUUAAGGAAUGUCAGUUAUAUAGGAAGAUGAAGAUGAUGAUGAAGAAUUAAUCUAUUAAAUAGAUGAGAAUGGAUUUAUUCUAACUUAAGAUGGACAUCCUCUAAUAGAUGAAAAAGGAAGAAGAAUACAACUAACAAAAUAAGAAAUGUAAUUUUAUAAGGUUUAAAACCUUAGAUGA